AGAGAGAGAGCGAGAGAGUGUGUGUGUGUGUGUGGGCUGAUCCGCGCGUCGCUGCUGAAGAGCGUCUUCUUGACUGUCGCUCAGUUUUAUGGGAGGCCGUUUGAUCUGAUCAUUUGAACUCAAACACACACUUGGACUAUCGAUAAAGCUCGAAUCCACGGGGAAGUUCUCAGCGGAACCCGGAGCCGCUUUCCUUCGGAAUAUCAGAUUUCAGCUCGAGAGAAACAUUCAGAACCUCUUCAGAUCCACACACACACACACACACGCACAGCAGCGCAAUGGGGGAGCAGCCGAUCUUCACCACCAGAGCUCAUGUCUUCCAGAUCGAUCCCUCGACGAAGAAGAACUGGGUUCCCGGCAGCAAACAAGCCGUUACUGUCUCGUACUUCUACGACAGCACACGCAACAGCUACCGCAUCAUCAGCGUGGACGGGUCAAAGGUCAUCAUCAACAGCACAAUCACCCCCAAUAUGAACUUCACUAAAACCUCACAGAAGUUUGGCCAGUGGGCUGACAGUCGAGCGAACACUGUGUUUGGACUGGGAUUCGCCUCCGAACAACAGCUGGCUAAGUUUGCUGAAAAGUUUCUGGAGGUCAAAGAAGCGGCAAAAAUGGCCAGAGAAAAAUCCCAGGAGAAGAUGGAGACGUCGAGUGAGCAGUCGCAGGAAUCGGGCCGUGAAACUCCUUCGGGGAAACCGGCGUCCAGCUUUAACGGAACCGAUGAUGAGAAGAUCUCGAUCAGCCCGGAGAACGAGGCGCUGAAGAGUGAGGUGGAGCAGAGUAGGAAGUGUGAGCUGGAGCUGCAGGCGCUGAGGGAGAGUAACGCUCGUCUGCAGGAGGUGCUGGAGGAGGAGAGGAUCAGCGCUGAGAACUGGAGGAGUCGAGUGACCCAGAGCCAGGAGGAGGAGAACCAGCUGAGGAACCAGAUCUCAGAGCUGGAGCUGCAGUGUAAAGAGUUGAAUCUGGAGAAAGAGAGAAAUGUUCAGCUGACGCGCAGAAUUCAAGAGCUGGAAUCGGAUCUGCAGGACAAACAACAGGAGCUUGAGAACCUGUGCAAACAGGCCGAAACCAUCCCUCAGCUCAUGGCAGAGUGUGAGAACCUCACGGCCAAACUACAGGCUGCAGAAGUGAAGAGCCAGGAUCUGGGGGAGAAGCUGAAGCUGCUGCAGGGAGAGGUGGACGGCUCUCAGCACAAACACAAGAACAUGAAGACCGAACUCAAGAAGUUCAUGGACAUUCUGGAUGGGAAGAUUGAUGAGCUGCACGAAGUUCGUCAGGGCAUUUCUAAACUGGGCGUCGACAACUGAACAUGCACACGCACACACGCACACGCACACGCACACGCACACACACACACACACACACACACGCACACGCACGCACACACACACACACACGCACACACACACUCUCAUACAUGCAGAUUCUCACUGGGCUUGUGCCGUCUUUGUGAUCUUGUAUGACUGCUGGUUAAGGGCUACUGAUGGUAAGUGAGGGGAGACACACACACACACAAUUAUACUCUCACACUCAGACUCUCUCACACACACACACACACACACACAGACUGAACGGUGUUUCACAGAUCUCAGGGUAGUUUGGAAUCGCUUGAUAUGCACAUACAGACGUGAACUACAGAAACACUAAGUGCCUGAAGGUGGCGCUCUCCGGGUCUGCACCGGGUCUCCAGCGACUCGGUGAGAACCGUCCUGUUGAUCAGCUCCUCAUGCAAUACCCGCCUCAGGACACACUUCUCUUCUGAUUCUGCCGGGUUCUGUGUGUUUUUAAAAACAUUUUCAAGAUGGAGUUGCAUUAAGAAAAUCUCUUUUUCUGAUCUAUGAAAAUAUGAGCCAAAUCUCUGCUUGACGAAGGCAGUUUGCUUGUACGGUGCAGAUGUGUGUCGUGCUCAGCAAUGUUUGUGACGUGCUGGUGUGUGUGUGUCUGUCGUUUGGGUGACGGGAUAAUUUAUACGUGUGCUUUUUUUAGAAUAAUCUCUGCCUUUCCUGAGUCUUUGAUGGAGCGUAUGAACUUCCAACACUCUCCUCAGCUCUUCUCACUUGUUUUCCUCUUGAUGCUUGUUUGAAUGUCGUGGUGGAUGUAUUAUAGAGCGUUUAACGUGGGUGGGUGGGUGAGUGUCUAAGACACAUCUUACUGGAAACUUGAGCCUUUUUCCCUCUUUCUGGAAAAAUAAAAACACUUUUGUUGAUCAAAAUUGUAAAAUAAAUAAUUAUGGAAAUAUAGUUUAUGAAGGAAA